AUGGCUUCUACCUUACCUACGUCCAACCCACCUCCGCGAGGACGCGUCCAACAACUCCAAUUCUACGACAUCGACACAACUUUACCUUCCAUCCUUGAAAAAUUCAUGGACCCCACCACCGGCCAGCAGUUUCAACAGCCAGUUUCAUGCGAGGAAAUAACUGAAGAAAAAGUUCCUACCAAAACAUUAUGCACUGCCCAAAAAGAUCGUGUUGUGAAAGGCGCAAGGAUAGAGAAGGGAAUGCUUCAUGACAAAGCCAAAUCAAAAGCCAAGACCCCCUCAGAAGCUCGCUCAACUUACUCAAAAGGAUCUGUUCUACAGGCAUAUCAUGAAUCUUUUCAGGAAUUGAGGAAUAAACCUAUGGAAGUGCAUCUGUUGAGACUGAAAGAGCCUGAGCCACCUAAAGAAGCACUCCCUCCUUCCUCUCCCAAAUACGAAGGGUUUCUGACCAGCCCGCAACAACGGCGACGCGAAGCCAAAGAAGUCCACUGGCUCCAGUCUGAAUCUCCAAUGGGACAGCCAAUUUCUUCAAUGCAGGCCUACGAUCCUCUAUCUCAUGUCACCUCAUUUCAACCACACGAACCUGCCAAAGCAGAGGCAUUUGGGUUUCUGUGGGUUGGCUUUUGUUCUUAA